CCUGCACAUUGCUCUGAUUGGUGCGUUUGGAUGGUUCAUCCACAGAAGGCUGGUGAAGAGAUCAGAAUGAGGGAGAACAUGGAAAUGAAUCCCGGAUGCCUUCAAGAAAAUGGUCUUUCUCAGAUCCUCAACCUGGUUCUUGAGGAGCUGGGCCUGUUCUACCAGAGAGAUGUCAAUGGGAUCGGAGUAUUGUACAGUUUGCUCCAGGCUCCAUGGCUGCAGUCUUUACUUAAGGUGCAUGAUUGUCUCCAUCAGUACGUAAGAAAGAGACCAACGCCCGUCGUACCAAAGGCUCGCACUCUGUGCAGUGAGGUUGCUGAUGUCCUGCGUGAAUGCGCUCCUUCUGCUGAAUCUCGUGAACUAAGGCGUCUUCUGAGAGGCCCACACGUCAAGGCGCUGCUCUCUGCCCAUGAUAUAGUGGCUCAGAAAGACUUUGAGCCCAUUCUUCCUCCCCUGCCGGACAACAUUCCAGAGAGUGAGGAGGCCAUGAGGAUUGUGUGCCUGGUAAAGAACAAGCAGCCCCUGGGAGCAACAAUUAAGCGUCAUGAAAUCACCGGUGACAUCAUUGUUGCCAGAGUCAUCCAUGGCGGCCUUGCAGACAGAAGCGGUUUGCUGUAUGCUGGGGAUAAGCUGGUGGAGGUGAAUGGCGUCUCUGUGGAUGGUCUGGAACCAGAACAAGUCAUUCAGAUCCUGGUUCACUCUCAAGGGACUAUUGUAUUCAGACUGAUACCGGUUGGUGAUCGCACGGUGAGCAGUCACACAAUGUUGUUUGUCAGAGCAAUGGCGGAUUACUGGCCCCAGCACGAUCCGGCUAUCCCUUGUGCGGAUGCCGGUCUGCCCUUCAGAAGAGGAGAAAUCCUGCAAAUUGUUGACCAGACGGACUCCAUGUGGUGGCAGGCCCGGAAGGCCUCAGACCUGGGCAGGUGCGCCGGCCUCAUCCCCUCUAACCACCUGCUCAAGAG